AUGGCUGCCAAUUGCAUCCCUCUUAAAGGGUCGAAGGCCUGUCCCGCUUUCGCAAAUGCCGCUGUGUCAAAGAGCCCAGAAAACAUUGGCAAAUUUUCAUUUCUUUCAUUCGUGUCCAACACCCAAGAAUUCGAUGAGCAUCUGUUUUCCUACGCUAAUAGCGAAUAUGUCAUGAUGAAAUAUCAGCAAGUUCUUGGAUGUUCCAACAUCAACCUCACCAAUACAUCUUCUCUCUAUGCCCGAUACACAUUAAGCGUAAUUUGUAAUGGCAUCGUUCAGAGUUCCGCGGCCUGUGGGAACUCACCUCCCUUAUGUGCGGAGUCUUGUGCACAAUAUGCUACAAGUGAACAACUAAUUGUCGUCAACAAAGAGCUUUGUGGGACUCCAAGACAGAGUUACAUGGACGAGAUACGGUCCGAUUUCACAAUUUGCUCGAACCCGAAGGAGUCGCUGACAGAUACUUGCAUACCCGGUGAUGCAAAUGAGCCUAAUGAAUGCGGCUUUUCUCAAAACUUAUUAGGUCUAUGUAGCUUUUGCAAAGGCAGCACAGCCAACUCCACAGACUCUUGCUGCAACGCUGCAGAUGUCACAAACCGCUGUAAUGGAUUUACCCUCCCCUCCGUACCAUCGCUGCCUCCACUUUUUCCUUCUCCAACUUCAACGCCUAAACCGUCCGACACGGCAGUUGCGAGUACAGGUCUCUCCGGUGGUCAAAUUGCUGGCAUUGUAGUGGGAUCAGUUGUGGGUUUAAUUCUAUUGGCUGCACUCGGUGCCCUACUCUUUGUUUGCCUGAGACGGAGGCGAGAGCAAAACAAGGCCUCGGUCUUGAACCAGCCAUCACCACAGCGGACGCCAAUGCAAUAUGCCCCUGGGAGCAGCAGGCAUGGCGCAUACGAGGUUCUUCCGGGUGGUCGUGUAGCAAGAAUGUCAGCAUUGCAAGGAAGCAGCGAAGAGGAAUCUCCACCCCGUGCUUCUGGAGCAGUUGCAGCAGUGACUCCUGGUGUUACCAGAUAUCACGAUUCAUCCGAUUCUGAAGUAUAUGGAGAGAGUCCCGCUCGGUCUAAGCGUGGCCCACCGGCUACUAGCAAGAGAAAUGGCUCUCUUUCGAGUGCGUCGGUGCUAGCAAGGAACAGUGACACUGCUUCACCCAGGUCUGGAAGUGGCGGUCAGUUUUCGUCACCCGAGGGAAUGGCUAGUGGUCAAUCUGAACAACUGCCGUAUUUCAGAGACUACUACUCGCAGGAUGACAUCCACCCCAAUGAUAAGGUUUCCGUUCUAUGGGCGUAUCAACCCCGUGCAGGUGAUGAGUUUGAGCUGGAUAGAGGCGACAUGUUGAAAGUAGUGGGAAUAUGGGAUGACGGAUGGGCAACUGGUGUUCGUCUCAGCGAGAGGGCUGAGGAUUAUGAAAAACACAAUGCACAACGUGAUAGUGGGGUUUCUAAUGGUUCCGGAGUUCGAAGAGGAUCAUCUCCACCAUCAGGCGAAAUCAAAGCAUUCCCGCUGGUGUGCGUCUGCUUACCUGAGCAUUGGAGGAAAACCAUUGACGGUGAUGUUACUUCUUCAUCCCCCGAAGAAACGUAG